CCCGGAAGGGAAACUAUCCGGCACGAGGUCACUAUAUUUUUCGGCUAUCGCACGUGUGUUUUGUAGAAAUCAAGAAAACAGAUUGAAGACCCACCAUGACGUCGCUAGCCUACCAGCUGAAGCGGCUGGCGCUGCCUCAGAAUGACCUCAGUUUACUGUCACGCAAAGAGGUGGCGUCGCUUCUCUUUGAGCCCAAAGAGGCGGCUACCCUCGACAGAAGCACCUUCUACGCUCUCGGCUGCACGGGCCUGGAGGAGCUGCUGGGGUUCGAACCGGCGUUCCAGGAGUUCCAGGACUCUCUGUUCAGCCGGGCAUCGCUCACGCUGGAGCGGAGCGUCCAGUCCAAAGAUGUCAACAAGCAGCUGGACGCCGACAUCUCUCUGUUCCUCACCCGCGUCUCCCCGUACUUCCUCCUCAAACCGGCCCACAAGUGCAUGGAGUGGCUGGUGCACCGCUUCCACAUUCAUCUGUACAACGUCGACAGCCUGCUGGCUUGCGUGCUGCCUUAUCACCACACCAACACGUUCGUCCGAGUGCUGCAGCUGCUCAAGAUCAAGGACGACACAAACCGCUGGAAUUGGCUGCAGGCUCUGCAGAAACCAGGCGUGCCUUUGGCCAAAGGGACUCUCGUCACUCACUGCUACUCGGACCUGAGCUUCAUGGACUUCGUCUGCAAAAUGGUCACAACAUCCAUUCAGGCUUUUUCCGGACAUUCACGAAGUUACUCCCAGCUCCGAGUCGUCUUCUCCUUCUACGCCUCCACCAUCGUGUCCGCUCUGGACGCCGUUGACAAAGUGUCAGACGCCAUCGUUGCCAAACUGCUUCCAUAUGUGCAAAAGGGUCUGAAGUCGGCUCUGGCCGACUACAAGGCGGCCACCUACAUGAUCGUGUGCCAGAUGGCGGUAAAGGCGGUGAUGGAGGCGAGUCUGGUCGACACGCUGGCCGUGCGCGUGGGCAAGUCUGUGCUCAAAGAGCCCGUGUUGGCCCGAGAGGGGCUGGGCUGCCUCAUCGUGCUCCUGCAGAGCCAGAAAGAGGGCGCGGCCGGGUCCAGAUUCUGCAGCCACGUGUGUUCCACGCCCGAGCUGGCAUCCACGCUGCAGCUCAUGGCCGCCGGCCACGACGUGAGCCCUCUACUGCGCUACCUGCUACCUCACCUGGUCCACGCCGUUUUCGCCAGCCCAGAUGACACGCAUGUGCUGGAGUCGCUCCUGCAGUCCGUCCCCCUGACUAAAGGCCUGGGCGGACGCAUGGCUCGUUUGCUGCUGGACGACUACCUGAGUCAGACGGAGGUCUCCGAGGACAACGUCUCCGCCCUCAACCGGCGUCUGCAGCCGCUGGUGCGACUGUUUGAGUCCAAGUACUGUGACGCUCUGGACGGCGUCCUCUCGGGUCACGUGACAGACCUCAGCAACUCUGAGCAGAAACGACUCUUCCACCACUUCCUCUCUCUGUCCAUGAGCAGCGGGAAAUUCCAGAUUGUGGGCGACUCGGACACGUCGCUGCUGCUCAGCUUGAAGCACCCGCAGCCGUCGCUACGAGUCUCGGCUCUGGAGCACCUGAGGAGGGUCGCGGCAUCCGGGCAGCUUCAGAGUUUGGAUCAAGACUUCCUGAAAGACGCUGUCGUGGAGCGCUUGAAGGAUGACGUGCUGGAGGUCGUCAGUGCGGCGCUUCAAACCUUGGAGAUGCUGUUUGAUGCUUUGGACUGUGAGGACGCGGUGUCCGAUUUACUUUCUCUGCUGCACAGAGUCGAUCAGCCCGAGGCCGACAGCUGGCUGCCAGUUUUAAGCGAAACGGUGCGUUUACUGAGCGAUUCCCAGCUGGGAAAGGGGAGCGCCGAGCAGGUGGAGAAGACCAGCUUGGGUCUGCUGCCCUUCCUGGUGAUCACCUCCGCUCGUCCGGACUCCGCCCAGCUCCGACUCGCGCGCUGCGUGGCCCGCUGCUCCGUCAUCGCCCGGCAUCCGCUCACCUUGACCUGGGCGGAAGAACUGAAUGAAGUGAUGAAGCGGAGCUCUAAAGCCAAUGUGGUCAGUUUGGCCAACCAGCGUCUGGUCACCACGUUGAAGAAAAACCUGGCCAACAUGGAGCACUUGUCCAAACGUGACGCUCUGGAGAAGUUGGGCGUGUUGGGGGAGCAGCAGCGUGGCCGUGGCGUCAGAGGCGCCGCGUUCUUCACGGUGGCGACGCAGACGCUUCUGCUGGGCCUGGAGCACCUGGGCGAGACCGAGCACCUGCUCACCGCCCAGCGGGUCUUCGCCGUUCUGGAGGCUCCGCUGCUGGAAGUCGUCAAGGGCGAAGACGCUCGGGAAGUCCCGCCUUCCGCCAUCCCUGCGUCCUUCAGCGAGGCGCUGACCUCGUACCUGUGCAGUCGUGAGCAGCAUCCGGCCGGGCGGCACGAGCGAGAGUACGGCCUGGUGAUGAUUUGGCUCCUCCGAGACUUCAUCGCCUCCCUCAGGUGCCACGACGACGCCUUCAAAGCCGCUGUGUGGUGGAACCCGGAGAAGCUGGAUACCAACACGUGCUGCUACCUGGGGCUCAUCUCCCGCCUCUUCGCCGUCGUCAUCAGCGGCGCCGGCGAGGGGCCGACGGCCGGCUGCUUUCGGGAGCUCACGAAGCUGCUUGUCAAGGUUCACCUGAGCGAUACGACCAUGCUCUUCAGGUUCCUGUGCGUGUUGUGGGGGUACAGCGGCAACCACGGGGACCAGCUGGGCGUCAAGGUGGACGCCAUCCUGCACAUUCAGGCUCUCUACGUGGGUGGCGCUUUGCUGAACGGCCAGCCUGCCGCGACGUUGGCAGAGCUCGCUGGAGCCGAUUCGCCCGUGGUUCCGUCCUUGCUGUGCUGUCUCACCUCUCCCGUGCGGGAGAUCCGCCGGGUGGCCUUCAGCGCUCUGCAGAGCCUAUCAGGCGCAGGCACUGCUCCCUUCCAGCCAAUCAUAGAGAAGCUUCUGAAAACCUCGGAGGAGAUUGUCGCCGACCCGUCGUACUUGAGCACGGCUCUUGGUGGUCUCCACGACGCCUGCGAGUCGGCUACAAAGAAGUCGGCGCUGCAGGCGUCAAUGCAUCAGCUGCUGCUGAGCGUCCAGGCGCCCUGCUGCCCAUCCUAUACCGCCGCCUGCCUGCUGAGGGCGCUGAGUCACGUCAACGGGCAGGCCGUCGUGUCCGCGCUGCUUCCCGUGCUGGAUCGGCUGCUCCACAACGACCCCGACACGUCCACGCUGCUGCCAGACGAGGCCCGGCUGUUGCAGCUGGUGCUGGGCAAGUACAACGAGGCGGCGGCGCCUCUGCUGGCCGCCGACCGCAACUGUUUGGAUCUGCUGCUCAGAGCCAUGCGGACCUCCACCACACCGUUCCCGGGCGUCCCCAGCUGCCAGAUCAUGGCUCUGGAACGGAUCACAAAGCCGUUGUUCGCCGCCGUGGGAGAUGAGAAGGUCCAGCAGAAGCUGCUGACGGUCAUGUUCGACCUGCAGGUGGACAGCAGGAGUCCGCUGAUUGCCAACGCUGUCGGCACCGCCUUCAAAGCGAUCGCAGUGGAUGGUCAGCUGGUGGCCAAUGAGCUGGCCCCACCGGAAAAAGCCAAGAUGCCCAUGACGGUGCAGCGAACCCGGAGGAGCAAAAUGAUGCUCAGGAAACCUGAAGAGAGCAGUGAUGUUUCUCCAGAGGGGGGCGGUGUUUCUUGGCACAGAGUCUCUCUGAUUCUGGAGCUGCUGCAGCACAAGAAGAAGUUGAAGCGAGCCCAGUCGUUGGUGCCGGUUCUGUUCUCGCUGCUGGCCAGGAGCCUGGAGGCCACCUCCGUGGAACGGGCCAACUUGGAGUACAUCAAGCAGCUUCUGCUCAGCUGCCUGCUCAACGUCUGUACCAAACUGGCACCGGACGGACGGCCCGCUGGCCCAGACGUCCUGGAUGAAGACAAGUUCAGCGUGGAGCUGGUAGUCCAGUGCGUCCGAGCGUCGGACGUGCCGCAGACUCACCAUCACGCUCUGCUGCUGCUGAGCGCCGUCGCCAACAUCUUCCCCGAGAAGGUUCUGCACAACAUCAUGCCCAUCUUCACCUUCAUGGGCGCCAACAUCAUGCGUCUGGAUGACGCCUACAGCUUCAGAGUCAUCGACAAGACGGUGCAGAUGGUCAUCCCGGCUGUCAUCAAGGCCCGCGGCCAAUCGGACGGCAGCGUGGACGCGACGGUGAUGAGGAUCGUGCACGUGUUCGCCGACGCGUUGCCUCACGUGCCCGAACACCGGCGGCUGCCCAUCCUCGCUCGGCUGGUCGCCACGCUGGGCCCGGCCCGCUUCCUCUGGGCCCUAAUGCUCCUCCUGUUCAAGCUCCACACCACGCAGCCGUCCGGCUCAGAAAGCGAGAAGGAAGCGGCUCGGGAGCGAGACGUGGACUUCUGGAUCUCCGUGUGUUGCCAGUUCGAGGUGACCGAGCAGCUCACGUCGCUCAUCAACAUCCUCGACUUCCUCAUCCAGCUGCCCGACGACAAAGAGGACGGUGCGGCCAAGCCAGCCGCCGGCCGGCGAGGAGCCGGGGAAAAGAAGGAAGAGGGGGAGAAGUUGGAGGAGCUGAUCUUCAGCGUGGAGGCCCACAGCGGCAAAGAGUUGAGACACUUCAAGUUCCUCUCCGUCUCCUUCAUGGCUCAGCUGCUCGGCUCGGCCAGCUUCAUCGGGAAGGUGGCGGACACUCAGGACGUCGGUGACCGCAUCCGCGCUGAGUCCCUCCAGCAGCUGCAGCAGCAGCUGCUGGAGUAUAAUCUGCGUUACAUCCAGUGCGUCGCUCGCUGCGUGGACGAGAACGCCGACAAGCCCAUCGCAAAGUUCUGGAGAGUUCUGCUGAAUAAAACCUACGAUGUUUUGGAUAAGUUGAACGCUUUGUUGCCCACGGACACGUUCAUCACGGUGAUGAGGGGGCUGAUGGGAAAUCAGCUGCCGUCGGUGAGGAGGAAAGCCAUGGAGCUGCUCAACAACAAGCUGCAGCACAAGACGCAGUGGGCGGAGCAACAAGUCAGCGUCCUCUUAGAGCUGAUGGUGGACCUCCUCGCCAUCGUGGGUACGCCGCACGGGAAGGCGGUGGCGGCGGAGACGCAGGAAGCGACCGUCAACAGGCAGACGGCGCUCUACAGCCUCAAGCUGCUCUGCCGCCUCUUCGGCCCGGCCCGCCCCGAGGCCUUCGUCCCCGUCAUGCUGCGCGCCGUGGAGAUCGUCGAGUCGCCGCACGAGGAGAAGAACGUGACGGCCGGCGCUCUGCUGUGCGUCGCCGAGGUAGUCGGCGCCCUCAAAGCCCUCGCCGUCCCGCAGCUGCCCAGGUUGAUGCCGGCCGUGCUGCACGUGCUCAGCGACAGGAAAGAUCUGCUGACCAACGAGAUUUACUUACUGAGCGCCGUCACCGCCCUGCAGCGUGUCGCCGAGACGUUGGCGCACUUCAUCAGCCCCUACCUGCAGGACACCACCUUGCAGGUGUGUCGGCUGACGCGUCUACUGGAGGAUUCUUCGUCUUCCUCCUCGUCAGCAACCAAUCAGCUGUCUGCGCGUCUGGCCUCCCUCAGGAGCUCCCUGGCCACCGAGCUCCCCCCCAGGGUCCUACUGCCCGUCGUGACCAGGUGCUACAACGUCAUGGUUGUGGACAAGAAGGACCAACUGGGGGCGCUGAUGAGCAUCCUCAAGGAACACGUGAGCCACAUGGAGCGAGAGCAGCUCAGUUCUCACCAAUCAGAGCUGACCGGGUUCUUCCUGGCCGCCCUGGACUUCAGAGCUCAAUUCUGCCGGGGCGACCUGGCGAGGACGGCUCAGAUCGAGGGCAGCACGAUCGACUGUCUGCUGGUCAUGGUGAUGAAACUGUCCGAAGUCACGUUCAGGCCGCUCUUCUUCAAGCUGUUCGACUGGAGUAAAUCCGGCAAUAAAGAGCGUCUGCUGACUUUCUUCCGACUCUCCGACUGCAUCGCCGAGCGCCUCAAAGGUCUUUUCGUCCUGUUCGCGGGAAACCUGGUCAAGCCCUUCGCGGACCUCCUCCAGCAGACAAACGUCUCCAAGACGGCCGAGCCGUUGUUCGAUUCCGAGCGCGGUGCCGAGAAGACCGACCUGCUGCUUUGCUACGUCCUGAACUGCCUGCACAAGAUCUUCUUGUACGACACGCAGCGCUUCCUCAGCAAGGAGCGAGCCGACGCCCUCCUGGCGCCCCUCGUCGACCAGCUGGAGAAUACGCUCGGCGGCCGCGAGGAGUACCGGCAGAGGGUGACCGAGCACCUUGUCGCGUGCGUGGGUCAGUUUGCCGUGUCGCUGGCCGACGACACGCAGUGGAAGAGCCUCAACUACCGCGUCCUGCUCAAGAGCAGACACGCCGACGCCGAGGUGCGCUUCUCCUCGCUGCUGAUGGUGAUGGAGCUGGCGGCCAAACUGAAGGAGAACUACGUGGUGCUGCUUCCGGAGACCAUACCUUUCCUGGCCGAACUCAUGGAGGACGAGUGCGAGGAGGUGGAGCAGCAGGUUCAGAAGGUCGUUCGGGAGAUGGAGAACAUUCUGGGAGAACCGCUGCAGAGCUACUUCUAACACACACGCAGUUUGCAACGUCAUUGUUUGGCUCAGUAUCACUGCGACGCGCCAUUGCUGUCCUCAUCAGACUAACGCGGUCGGUCAUCAUGAAAAUGUGGCAGAAUAAUGAAAAUCUGAGGGCGUAUUGUAAGUGGCCAAAUAUUUGCAUAGUGCAGUUCAGUGAAAUGUUUCCUUCAUUUUAUACCAUUUUCCUCAUCGGGUGUAUAUUAUUGGGGUGUUUCAGUGAUACGAAAUCUUUAUUUUACAUGGUUUUAUUGUCUUCGACAAGUUAUUUGAGGAAAUGAGUCAUUUUGGUCAUGUAAAUGGUGGCGUGACCGUGCCUUUACGAAACCCUCACGUUUGCAGUGACAUUCCGAUCAGCAUUUUGUCUUUCGGGAAGGGAGUCUCAAAACAGUGAAUGGUUGCAAAAUAAAUAUUUACACUUUCCAUUUCUGGGAAA